AUGGCCGACUACACCGACGAUUCCCUCACCGAGGACAUCUGGGCCUCGCCCGGCCCCAAGGACGAAGGUGCCCCUCCAACCGAUCGGCCCAAGACCCCUAGAACACCAAGGACCCCUAAAUCACCGCCAAAGACGCCGGCGAAUCCAAGCACCACUUAUGACAAAGAGGCAGCAUUGCGCAAAGAGUUGGAGGGUGUGCGUAACAUCAAUGUUGCCAUUGAGGGCAUCAUCACCACCCUCGAAAAGGCCAAAGGCAACAUGAAUACUGUUGGCAGCACUGUAUCGAACGCAUCCACCCUCCUCAACACCUGGACUCGCAUCCUUUCGCAAACCGAGCAUAACCAGCGACUCAUUUUGAAUCCAAACUGGCGUGGCGCAAGCAACGACCUUGUGGAAAUCGAGGCGGAGGCAGUACAGAAGCAGCAGCUGGCCGAGAGACGAGCCGCCGAAGAAGAGAGGCGGCGCGAGGCUGCUCGUAGAAAGAGAGAGGAGGAAGAGGAGGAGCGACAGAGACAGGUGGCCGUCGGCAAUGCGCCGCGUGGCCGAGGUGUCUCUCGCGGUCGGGCUCGUGGCUCCACUAGCACCACUCGUGGUCACGGCUACUCGAGUAGCACAUCGAGGAUCGGCAGAGGUGCGGCGAGCACUCGUGGUGCAUAUCGGGGACGGGUAAGAGGUACGGAGUAG